GGACAGUCCAACACCCCGAUGUCCAAGCCUGCGCACAGUCUUACCUUUGAAGAAGUCGAGCGAGAGCUUGGCUGCAGCGGUGUCGACGGUCUCUCAGACACCGAGGCCAAGGAGCGUUUGGACAAGUAUGGGCCGAACGAGCUCGACAAUGGUCCGGGCGUCAACCCGGGCAAGAUCCUUCUGAAGCAGGUUGCCAAUGCCAUGAUGCUCGUCCUCAUCAUGGCCAUGGCUGUGUCCUUUGGCAUUGCGUCCUGGAUUGAGGGCGGCGUUGUUGCUGCCAUCAUCAUUCUUAACAUCAUUAUCGGUUUCUGGCAGGAAUUCUCCGCCGAGAAGACCAUGGACUCACUCCGAUCGCUCUCGUCCCCCACUUCGCAUGUCAUUCGUGGCGGAAAUAACGAAACCAUCCCUACUGUGCACGUCGUCCCUGGAGACAUGGUUGAGCUGAAGACUGGUGACACCAUUCCUGCCGACAUCCGCCUGAUCGAGGUCAUGAACUUUGAGACCGACGAGGCUUUGUUGACUGGAGAGUCGCUGCCCGUUCAAAAAGUUGCCGACGAGACCUUUUCCGAGGACCUUGGACCUGGCGAUCGCCUCAAUGUUGCCUUCUCGUCUAGCACCGUCACCAAGGGUCGCGCACGUGGCGUGGUUUUCGCAACCGGCAUGCACACCGAGAUUGGUUCCAUCGCGGCAGCUCUCCGGGCGUCCAACUCGCGAGUUCGUGAGCCAAAGAGGACUGCCGAUGGCAAGGUCAAGCCUCACCGUCAGGCCCAAGCUUGGAUUCUCACUGCAAAGGAUCUUGCUGGACACUUCCUUGGCGUCAAUGUCGGUACGCCUCUCCAGCGAAAGCUCUCACAGCUCGCCAUUGGUCUGUUCUUCAUCGCGGUCGUCUUUGCCAUCAUUGUGCUGGCUGCCAACAACUUCAGUAACGACCGGGAAGUCAUUAUCUACGCCGUCGCCACUGGUCUCUCUAUGUUGCCCGCUUCCCUGAUUGUCGUCCUGACAAUCACAAUGUCCGCUGGCACCAAGCGCAUGGUUGAGCGUCACGUCAUUGUGCGCAAGCUCAAUGCCUUGGAGGCUCUCGGUGCCGUCACCGAUAUCUGCUCCGACAAGACUGGUACCCUAACUCAGGGUAAGAUGGUGGCCAAGAAGGCGUGGAUUCCGAGCCGCGGUACUUACUCUGUCGGCGAGAGCAACGAACCUGUCAAUCCCACAGUCGGCGAUUUGAUGCAUACCGAGGAAUCGCCUUACGACACUGGCCCUUAUGACGAGCUUCCCCCGGAGACUGACAGCCGCAAAACCGCCGAGGAUCUUCUCAAGGAUAAUGGCCCACUCGAGGAAUUCCUCAAGAUUGCUUCCCUUGCCAACCUCGCCACUGUCUAUAAAUCGACCGACGGCGAGGGUUGGACUGCUCGUGGUGACCCCUCUGAAAUUGCUAUUCUCGUCUUCAGCUCGCGCUUUGGCUGGAACCGCCUCAAGCAGGUUGAAGGCGAGGACGCGGAGUGGAAACUCGUGACAGAGUAUCCGUUCUCUAGUGACGUCAAGAAGAUGUCAGUCAUCUUCACGAAGAAGGGAGAAGACACCAAGUACGCCUUUAGCAAGGGUGCCGUCGAACGCAUCCUGGAGGCCUGCGUUAGCAUCGAUAUGGAGGGCAAGGGCCAGACAGUUGAUCUUACCGAGGACAUCAAGGACGACAUCCUUUCCAACAUGGAGGCUCUGGCUGAGCAAGGCCUUCGUGUGCUUGCUCUUGCUUCCAAAGUCUACACUGGCCCUACCGGUACGAGCGACGAAGAUCGGGCCCAGGUUGAGUCUGGUCUGACUUUCCGCGGCCUCAUCGGUCUCUUCGAUCCUCCUCGCCCUGAAUCCAAGGACUCUGUCAAGAAGUGCCACCAGGCCGGCAUUGGCGUUCACAUGCUUACUGGCGACCACCCCGGCACGGCCUUCGCCAUCGCCAAGCAGAUCGGUAUAGUUCCUGAGCGUCUCGAGAUGAUCUCCAAGCAGAGCGAGAACCAAAUGGUUACCACGGCCGCCGAGUUCGACAAGCUCACUGAUGCCGAGAUUGAUGCCAUGCCGGUCUUGCCACUUGUCAUCGCCCGUUGCGCACCCAACACCAAGGUUCGCAUGAUCGACGCCCUCCACCGCCGCAAGCUGUAUGCUGCCAUGACUGGUGAUGGUGUCAACGACUCCCCCUCGCUGAAGCGUGCCGAUGUGGGUAUUGCUAUGGGCCAAGCUGGUUCUGAUGUCGCCAAGGAUGCGUCUGACAUUAUCCUGACGGACGACAACUUCGCUUCCAUUCUGAACGCCGUUGAGGAAGGCCGUCGCAUCUUUGACAACAUCCAGAAGUUCGUUCUGCACUUGCUCAGCCAGAACAUUGCGCAAGCCUGCACCCUCCUGAUCGGUCUGGCAUUCAAGGACUCUGAUGGUCUUAGUGUCUUUCCUCUCUCACCGGUCGAAAUCAUGUGGGUCAUCAUGGUCACUUCUGGACUGCCCGAUAUGGGCCUUGGUCUCGAGGUUGCUGCGCCCGACAUUCUUCAGCGUCCGCCUCAGUCACUGAAACGCGGCAUCUUUACGAUUGAAUUGCUCAUUGAUAUGGUCGUCUACGGCCUCUGGAUGGCUGCGCUCUGCUUGGCCUCUUUCUCGCUCGUUCUAUACCAGUGGGGUCCCGGCAUCACUGGUCGACACUGCAACCGUGGCUGGUCUGAAGAGUGCGACAUUGUCUUCCGCGCCCGCGCCACUACUUUCGUGUCCAUGACGUGGUUCUCACUCUUCCUUGCCUGGGAGCUCAUCAACUUCCGUCGGUCGUUCUUCCGCAUGCAGCCCAAGAGCAAGCGCUACUUUACCCAGUGGAUGAUUGACGUCUGGCGCAACAAAUUCCUCUUCUGGUCUGUCCUCUUCGGGUUCGCUUCCAUCUUUGUGAUCCUUUACGUCCCCGUCAUCAACGAUCAGGUCUUCCUGCACACCGGCAUCACCUGGGAGUGGGGCAUCGUCAUUGUCGAGGCAGUCCUGUUCUUUGGCGGCAUUGAGGCCUGGAAGUGGGCCAAGCGCGUCUACCUGCGCCGCACCGCGAAGAAGGAGGGUGGUGGUCAGCGUCGCCGCCUCAGCAGCGUCAUCUUCGAUGGCUACAUCCCCAACAACUCGGACGAGAGCCAGGAGCUGUCGACCGGUUCCGACGAGGCGCGGAGGAAGAAGGUCGAGGAGAAGGCGUGAAGCGGGUUAAAGACUCGACUUUUGGCCCUUGUGGAAGUUUUACUGCGUCACAAGAUGGGUGGGUGGGCGAUCACUCGCGGCCCCAUUGCCUCGG